UCAGCCUCCGCUCCCGGCUGCGGACGCGCGGCGCGUCUGCGCAUUGCUUCCACAUGUGGACUUGGGCGGUCAGUGCGCCCCGCUGAGCAACGGCACGAAGUCCCUUCAGCGACAAGACCCCGCCACCAAUUUGGUGGCAUCCACUCUCUCUCUGUUGCCCUCCUUUCUCUGUCUUCUCCACCCCAGUGCACAUCGCCAUGGGCAAGAGCCGGACGAAGCGCUUCAAACGACCUCAGUUCUCUCCUACGGGAGACUGUCAGGCCGAGGCGGUGGCUGCGGCGAACGGUACUGAGGGACAAGAGGACGACGGGCCAGCGGCGGAGCUACUGGAAAAGCUCCAGCACCCGAGAGCCGAGGUCCGCGAGUGCGCCUGCGCGGGGCUGGCCCGGCUGAUGCAGCAGCGACCCGUGCUGCCGGGCCUGGCGCGUCGGGACGCAGUGCGCCGCCUCGGGCCGCUGCUGCUGGACCCCAGCCUGGCAGUGAGGGAGACGGCGGCCGGCGCGCUGAGAAAUCUCAGUGCUUGCGGAGGUUUUGAAGUUUGUGAUGACAUGGUGACCAAGGAUAUCAUGACUCCUUUGGUUGCAUUGCUGAAAGAGUGUAGUGCUGGACUGGAUUCAAAUGAGAUGUCUCCACAAGAAAAAAAAGAUCAGAACAGAAAUUAUAUUGAGAACAUAGCCAAUGAGGCUGUGAAUGUGCUGUGGAAUAUAUGUGAAUGCAGUAGUAGAGCAGUGUCUAUAUUCAACAAAGAAGGGUGUUUGGAGAUUGUAUUAAAGUAUUUAAGUAGGUUUUCCACCAAUGUUGACCUGGCUAUUUCAGUAGCCUAUUGUUUGCAGACGGUGACAGAAGAUAACCCAGACCUACUGAAAUCUUUCAGUGCCCCAGCACUGCAUGUGCUGGAAUCAGCAAUGCUGUCUCCUGCCAAUACCAUGGAAUACAUGCUAUUAAAGACACUGGUGGCAGGCACAAUUUGGAAUCUAAAGGACAUUAUUCCAUCCAAGAGUCAAGCAGAAAUCAUAAAUGCCAUACUAAAGAUCUUAUCUGAAGUCUUGGAAAUGGAUGCUGGUGAAACAGUUAUUAAAAUGAAGGAGGCUGAAACUCAAAGGUUAAAAACUGCUGCAGAGACUGAGGAAAUAUUGGACAAUGUGAAUAGGGAUGAUUUGAUUGAAGAUGAUGAAAUGGAAGAAAUUCCUCAUAGAAGAAAAGUCAGAAGGAAAACCUUCAUGUCAGAUUUACUUCCACCCACUGACAAGGAACUGAGAGAGACUGUAGCAUUCCUGACGGCUCAGCAGACUGCUCUGGAAAUUAUCGUCAACAUGUGCUACAGUGAAGAUCCCACUGAUGAUGAGUGGGAAGAGCUAUCUAGCAGUGAUGAAAGUGAUGCAUUUAUGGAGAAUUCCUUCAAUGAAUGCAGUGGGCAGCUGCUAUCUCCCCUCUGCCUUUCCCAUGAGAUUCACACUGCUCUCACCAACUACCUCAUCCCAAAGAAGAUUUUUGAGAAAACUGCCUUUCCAAACAUCACUGCAGUUGACAUAUGUUCUAGGACCCCCACUUGGAAGCCUUUGAUUAGAAAAAUGAACACUAUACAAUGUAGAGCUCUCGUGUGUCUCCAGAGUCUUGUAUCUCUCCUGGAUAUGGACCAUCUGGGAGGAUCUACAGCCCUUCAGACACUAGCACAGCAUCUCUCACAGCUGCUCUUUUCUCAGCCAGAUUUUGCUAAGCAUGUUGACUUUCUGGAAGCCAUAAGUAGUGCCUUGAGGGCCCUUUUGCAGACAAUGGCCUCCAAAAACAUAUCUCAGUGCAUGACUCCUGAUCAGCUGAUGACACUGUGUAAAGCAGGCAUUCAUAGUAGUAAUAUCAGUGUUAGAGUAAAUGUUGUUAGUAUUUUAGGAAUUACUGGAAGUGUCCUAAGCAAAGAAGAAGGUACAUUUGAAACUCUUAAGACCAUUGGAUGCUUUCUCCUUGAGGUUGCCACCAAAGAUCCCUCGCUUGUAGUAGCAGGAGAAGCUUUGGAUGCCCUCUUUGUUGUUUUUGCAGAUGGUAAAGAAGCUGAAAGGGCCUCAGUUCAAAUUAAAUUGUUAUCUGCUCUAAAAGAAUUCCAGCCAGUCUUCAAAACGAAGAUACGAAAGGAAGGGAAAAGUAAAUACACAUCAGAUCAGCUGUGUGUUCUCGAUAAUGUGAAGAUGAAUUUGAGAAGGUUUGUCGCUUACCAAGAAACCAUUGAGAAAAAAUUGACUUCUUGAACCACUGAAGAGACGGAUUCCUGCCCCAGUGUUCAAUGCUGAAGCUUACUGAAGGGCCUACUUGGAAUAUAUGUGUCUCUGAAAGUUAUUUUUUAAUGCCUGUAUUCUGUACAUUAAUUUGAAGUUCAUAAAAACUUGAAAACCUGUCAGAAAUACCUUUUUAAGAAGUUAAAGAACUGGGAUCUGUGUGAUAUUUCUGGUGCUUUCUAAAUUAUGUUUGCAGCAUGUUUUAAUCUCUAGAAACAGGAAGAGUGGAAACACAAAGGAAUCUCAGGUGAAUUCUUCAUGAACAAUGCAGAAAUUUCCAAACAAUCAUGUUUUCCUUGAAUUUUGCAAAAAUGGAAAAUCCAAAACAUUGCUUGGAUUCUUUUAAUAAGCCAGUAUCAUUUUAUAUCAGCUGCAUCUUUAAGUAAAAUAUGAAGACAAACUUUAUACAAUUGUUUGGUUUCAAGUAUACCCAUUAUGUUUAACUUUUGUGAAGAAGUAAAUGACUUGAACUUGUAUUCCUCUAUUUAGUAGAAUAUACUAAUGAGAUAAUGAGGUCACUGUCAUCCUCUAUAUAAAUGGAUCUGAUCAGUUGCUGCUUUGUAACAUCACUCCUUGUUUAAUUUGAUAUGGAAUCAGAACUGGGAGAAAGUAUUUUUUAAUAAAUAACUUUUUAGUUGAAA